CUAAGUCUCUUUUCUAGGUUAACAGGCUGCAGAUUAUCAGAGCGAUCCCUGGAAGCUCUUUCUCUGGUUCUCAGUUCUCAUUCCUCCAAUCUGAAAGAACUGGACCUGAGCAACAGUGACCUGCAGGAUUCAGGAGUGAAGCUGCUCUCUGUUGGGCUGCAGAGUCCAAACUGUAAACUGGAAAGUCUCAGGAUGUCUAACUGUUUGAUUGCGGAGGCUGGGUGUGAUUUUUUGGCUUCAGCUCUGAACACCAACCCUUCCCACCUCAGAGAACUUGACCUGAGUCACAACAAUCCAGGAGAGUCAGGAAUGGAGCAGUUAGUCGCUGGACUAGAGGACCCAACCUGGAGACUACAGACGCUUAGGUUGGACCACUGUGGAGAGCAGACGCUGCAGCCUGACAUCAGGAAAUAUACCUGUGAACUUGAGCUGGACUCAAACACAAUAAACCGAAACCUCAAACUGUCCAAAAGCAGGGGGAAGAUAUUUUCAAGUUCCCAUGAAUAUCCAGAUCAUUUAGAAAGAUUUGACUUCUGGCCCCAGGUGCUGUGUAAACAUGCUCUGCCUAGUCGUUGUUACUGGGAGGUGAAAUGGAAAGGACAGGUUGAUGUAGCUGUAAGCUACAGAGGAAUCAGCAGAAGAGGAAACAAUUCUGAAUCUUUGUUUGGAGGAAAUGAUAAGUCCUGGACUCUGACAUGCUUCUUCAACCAGUUUGCUGUCUUCCAUAGCAAAGAAAAAAAGGAAAUACGUUUGUCCUCCCAUGUUUGUAACAGAAUAGCAGUCUAUGUUGACCAUCCUGCUGGCAUUCUGUCCUACUAUGUUGUCUCCUUUGACACAUUGAUCCACCUCCACACCUUCCACACCACAUUCACCGAACCACUUUACGCUGGAUUUGGAUGUGACCGGCACAAGGUACUUGACUGGUUAACAGUUAGGUCUUCAGUGUCCAUUUGUUCACCGUUAGUAGAUAAGUCUGUAAAAGCUGCUGCUGAGCAGAGAUAAACUACUUAGGUAGUAAAUAUGUUGUUUAAUGUCUACUAAUUUAAAAUUACAGUAAAUUUGUUGGGUUUUUUUUACAGUAUAAACAGGAGUUUGUGUUGCUGUUUCUUGUCAAUGUUUUAAUUAGAUUAACAAGGUGAAAAUAUUGACUGGCUCCAGGUUGAAAGAAAAAUCUUGUUUAAGUUUGAGCAAUAAAAUUUAUUAUAGAUUUUUUAAAAAACACAACAUUUCUGAUGUAUUUAAAUAAAAUAGCCGUCCAGGGUUUCAAGGUCUGAUUAACUUUUUUCCUCUCUGACCUCUUAAACCAACUGAGACUUUGUUUUAGCCAACUUUCAUUUGAUUCAAUCUGUACUGAUUUGUUUUAUGUUUUCUCUUGAGUUUUUAAUUCCUUUACAGGGUUGUGUGUUUAGCAUUUUCAUUUUAUUUGAUGUUUCCUUUUUUUCUUAUUUAUCUCCGAUGUUCAACACUUUGUCUCAGCUGUGGCUGCUGUUAAAGAAAUUCAUAAAUAAAACUGAAAAUGAC